AUGGCUACUUGGAGGGAAGGACCCACGGUGGACAGGAUCUUUGUGAUCAACGGUGCCAACGAGGGUGACCCCAUCUUUGGCCAAUGUGACAAUCUAUCGAGGAACUUGGAAGACGAUGACGUUCCUCCAAUCCAACGCACCAUCGCAGCAGUGCCAUUCUUGUUAACAACCCGGUGUGACAGCAAGAGUGUCUUGGAGAGCAGCGGCCUACCUCCUGAACCAGACCAUUUCAUCAUAGAGAUGCUCCGGCUUCUUUCGUUGUAUUCGGCGGACACGUCGAGAUACCGAUAUUUUCGGCACCAUGUGCGCCGCAAAGGUGCCGUAUUGGUCCGGCUUCAAUUGAAAAUCAUGCGCCAAUGCGUCAGCGAAGGACUCCGAGCGUCACAUGGAUCAAUGACUGACACGGAAUUUGUGCAUCUGGUUCUGCGACGUCAUCCAUAUUAUGGCCAGACUACCGUCGCAGCAGCCCUCCUGAGACAUCUGAUUCCUGGAUUACCACGAUGCCUCGCCAAGGCCAAUUGCCGAGGACUACUGAACAUUGUGACAACGGUGACUAAACACUGGGUCACCCAGAAGGAUCUAUCAUAG